AUGAACGACACGGUCAAAGAUUCACAAUGCACACGAUUCUUCAAAGACAUGGACCCGGCGUACACUAACUUUGUAUCUCCGUUUCAAAAGUUUGAACACCCAUUCAUUCGCAUUGUGAUGGCGCUUCAGGGCUCACAGAGUGGGGUUAUAUCGCAUAUUCUUCCACCAAACGAGCGAAGUGACUAUACAACAUAUGACAUGGUGUGCCGAGGCCUCACACACGACACGUAUAAAAUCAUCGACAGGGAAGACGAGAAAGACUGGAAAAGAUGCCUGCAGAUUUUAGGCGGGUACAGAGAGUAUCUCAAGCGUCCGGAUGGAACGGAUAUGAGCCCUGAAGAACAGAUAGCGGUCGCUUCGAUGGUCCCCGGUCUUUUCUCUGCAGAAGAAUUUCCUUAUACUUGGCUUGAUGGAAAAGAAAAAGAUGAUAAAGCCCAACUCAUUCUGAGUCUAGAGCUCAUCUCGUCUUUAUGGAAGCUUGACCGAGUCAAAGAUAAUGCCAUGGUCGGCAGCACUAUUUUAAGUGGCAUCAAUACCGGUCACUCCUAUCUUUGCAUUCGACAGUUUGCAUUGGCAUCAAUUGGGCUACAGACCUCACCAGCUGGUAUUCGUCGCGUUCACCACUGUCUGGUAUGGGACGACAAUGGUACUGACAUCCCUGCUCUCCCUUUAUGUUCGAACCUUGUGGUCCUAUCUAGUGUACUUGAUAGACACACUGACACAUACCUCUCCGGGCACCGGUUCCAGUCACGUGCUAUCGAUCUCUGCAGAUUAGAAAAUCUACCAAAUAUAUUCGGUGCUAUUAGAUAUCAAGGCUGGUCCUAA